AAAAUUUUUUUUAUAAAAUUUCCAGAUAAAAUUAAAUUUUAACCAAAAAAAUGUCCUUUUACAACGACAACGAAGAAGAAAAUGAACUUCACAUAGCUUGGCCCAACUAUACACCAGAAAAACAACAAUCUUCACUACUUCCACUAGUUUUAAUGAUAAACGAAAAAUUGCGUGAACGUCUACCUGCAUGGGAAAUAAUUUCAUUAAAUUCUCAGCACUUUCCUCAAUUUUUUGAAAAAAUUUUAAAAAUGAUUUGUGACGAGAAUUUGGGUUAUUCUGUUCAAAUACAUCUCAUUACUUUUUUGAAUUAUUGUUUUAAUUCGUUAGAAGUGGAUUUUGUGAGACAAGAAGUAGGGAAACUGUGUUCUUUGCCUAUUUUGGUUAAUUUGUUGCCGUCUCAACGUAGCUCCCUAUUCGAAAAAAAUCCAAAACUCAAAAAAUAUUGGGUCAAAAUGGAACAAAAAUUUCAACAAUUACCUCCUGAGGAAUUCGAGAAAAUUGAUUUUUCACGUCGUCUGCUUUGGAGAUUAUUGCAAAGAUUAAAACGAACUGUGGAUUUUAUUGAUGACGAAAGCAAAGAUUUGGAAAUUGACGCCAUAACCUAUUGCGAACGCCUACUCUCUUUCUUAAUUGAUUUGGAAGCUCAAUUGACUACAAGACGUUUCUUCAAUUCUUUACUCCAUUCAAGCCAUAUACUCACACAUUGUUGUCUUUCCCAAUUUAUCCGUUCAGAGCAUGGCUCUCUCUUUUGUGAGCUUUUUUCAAUGCUUAAAUUUUAUGCUCGUUUUGAAAUUGAUGAACUUAGUGGACAACAAUUGCUACAGGCUGAGGUAACCAAACGACAUUAUGAAUUUGUUUCUCAAUUACAAGCUGCCGCGUUCAAAUUUCUAAAUGAAAAAUUGGCUGAAUUUUGUUUGUUACCAGUUGGAUCUGUUGAUUCUAGUAAAUUUUUGCGUGAACAACUUGGCUCUUUAAGUUGUGAUGACCUCUACAAACUCGCAGAAUUUUUAAAUUUGGUCCCUUCAAUGAGUGAGAAAGAAGAAAAUUUAGUUGAAAAUUAUUGUCGUUAUGAUGACCCAAAUUAUUUAAUUGAAGCUAUAAUUUUUGUUUGUGAACGUAGACCUUCACAAUUACAACGUUUAAAUGCUGAACCUCUUUAUCCUAGUGAAAAAGUGAUUUGGGAUGAAAAGUUAAUUCCAUAUGAUCAUUAUGAUGGUAAAAGUGUGCUUCCUUUAAACAAAUUAAAUCUUCAAUUUUUAACAACACAUGAUUAUUUACUUAGAAAUUUUAAUCUUUUUAGAAUGGAAUCGACAUAUGAAAUUCGUCUCGAUUUGGAAGAUGUAAUGUUUCGAAUGAAACCUUGGAAACACGAAUUUAAUGAAUCUGAUGUUGUUUGGGGUGGUUGGGCAAAAAUGGCACUUCCAGUUACUAGUUGUAGAAUUGUGCAUAUUGGAAGGCCUUUAGUUGGAGAGUCUGCUCCUUCCGAAGUUCGUGCAGAUCUCCAAAUAACUUUACCUUCAAGAGAAGAUUUGCGUCAAGAUUGGAUGUCUCUUCGAAAAAAUGAUGUUCUCUUUUUACUUAAAGUUAAACCUAUACAAAAAGUUGGCUAUAAAUUUGAUUUUCGACGUCCAUUUAAAGAACAAUUUGGAAUUUGUAUAGUUAGAGGGUGUGAGGUAGAAGGAAUUUUGACGAAUGAGGGAAAAAUACUUGAUGAAAUGGAAAGCCGUGAAGCUAUCCGCAAAAUGGAAGGGGAUUUACGCACAUUUCGAAUCCGUUUCGAUCCAAACCAAUACAAAGAAGAUUCUGAUAAUGGAAAUAUUGAAGAUAUUUAUUUUUCUUUUAAUUUAGUAAUUCGAAGAGACCCAAAAUCAAAUAAUUUUAAAUCAGUUUUGGCAACAAUAAGGCAAUUAUUAAAUACUGAAUGUGUUGUUCCCGAUUGGUUAUUAGAUUUAAUAUUGGGGUAUGGAGAGCCUGAUAUUGCACAUUAUUCGAGAAUUACAAAUACAGUUGCAACAGUCGAUUUUAACGACACCUUCCUAUCCUUUGAACAUUUACAAAAAUCAUUUCCAAAUAAAAAAAUAAUUUGUGAAGAAACUGUGCCUAAACCUCCUUUCAGAUUAACUUUCAAAGAAUUUGUCCCUCAACACAAUAUUGAAAAGGAAGAAGACCGUGAUACUUCAAUAAUUGUUGAAAAUCAAAAAGUAUUUAAUAGAAUAUUGACAGAAAGUUAUCAAAAGAAUAAUAUUGAAUUUACACCGCUACAGAUAGAAGCAAUAAAAUCAGGAAUGCAGCCAGGUUUAACACUCGUUGUCGGCCCUCCCGGUACAGGCAAAACAGACGUUGCUGUUCAAAUAAUUUCAAAUAUUUAUCACAACUGGCCAGAACAACGAACUUUAAUUGUUACACAUUCAAAUCAAGCUUUAAAUCAAAUUUUUGAAAAAAUUAUUUGUUUGGAUGUUGAUGAAAGGCAUUUAUUGAGAAUGGGUCAUGGAGAGGAAGCUUUAGAAACAGACAAAGAUUUUAGCCGUUAUGGAAGAGUUAAUUAUGUUUUAGCAGAACGCAAACGUUUACUUGAACGUGUAGAAAAACUUUGUGAAUCAAUGGAAGAAAUUGGAGAUGUUUCUUAUUCUUGUGAAACUGCUGGAUAUUUUUUUAGAUAUUCUGUCUGUAAAACUUGGGAAAAUUUUCUUGAAUUAAUCGAACAAGCAAAACAGACUGCUAUAAAUGACGCUAAAGAAAAUAAUAAUUCUGAUAAUUCCACAAAUGUUCCUUUGCCUUCCAAAGAUUUUGUUGCUGAUAAUUUUCCUUUUACAAAAUUUUUUCAAAGUGGGAAGAAGAAAAAUUUUUUACCUUUGGAAUUUAAGAGAGAAAAUUUUAAUGAAGAUUUACAAGUAGCAAUGGAAGGAUGGAAUAGAAUUGUUGAUAUUUUCAAAAAAUUAGAGGAAUUUAGAGCUUUUGAAUUAUUAAGAAAUGGACGGGAUAGAGCUGAUUAUUUACUUGUAAAAGAAAGUAAAAUAAUUGCAAUGACUUGUACUCACGCAGCUUUACGUCGUCGUGAAUUGGUAGAACUUGGAUUUCGUUAUGAUAAUAUUUUAAUGGAAGAGGCUGCACAAAUAUUGGAAGUGGAAACUUUUAUUCCUUUACUUUUACAAAUAAUCACCAAUUACCCCCAAUUGUUCAAAAUGUUGCUUAUCAAAAAUAUUCAAAUAUGGAACAAUCUCUUUUUGCUCGUUUAAUUCGUU